AUGACACACACCGGUGGAAGAACGACCAUCGAUUCCAGAGGACACGAACGAGGGGAGGGAAAUCCUAACAUGGUCCUGGCUGAGCGCUCCGCUGGAGGUUGUGAUCGGGCCAGGGACAAUGUCGCAGCAGCGCCGCGCGAAGCCCACAGGGAUGGCCAGAUGGCGGGCGGAUUACGUAUGCAGCCGCCAUUGUUUAGGGCUGGAUGGCGAGCAUUCCGAGGUCACCUUGGACUCAACGACCAACAUCACCAGCGCAUUGCAACAUCCCGCCGUCCAAUCUCCCCACAAUCACUGCCGGACACAGCAAUCGGAGUCUCGAAGCUCAUCCAUCAGCAGACCUGUCACGGGCAGAAGGCGGGGAAUAGCCUAGAGCACUGUUUGUGGUUCACGCAAACGGCUGCGUAUUGA